AUGGCAGUAAAUUAUGCCAUGUUCCUGCAAGAUGUCAAAGUGCCAGUCCUUGACCGGUGGCUUUACACAACUUCUUUGUGGCCAAGGGGUGAAAUGUUGUUUUGUCAGGUGAAGGACAGAGACAGCGUACCUCCGCAAAUUCUCUGCUGGAUUGAGGAUCAGUGUUUGGAUUCCAGACCGGUAGAUGAGAAGAACAGGAUCACUUUCCUCUUUACGGUAUUGACUGCAUUGCGUCAGAGGGAGGUUGACUUGGUGCCGAAAGAAGUCAGGCAAGCCCGAGCAGCCAGAUCAUACCAUACUCAAAUGAACAAUCUUGCCACACGGAGUGAUGCAGAGAUCCUAGAAGAUGCUUGGUGUGAACAAGUUGCCCAAAUAGAACGUCCAGAAGCAAGGCUUCAUGGGUUGAAAGCACUCAGCAAGAUCACACCCAAGACAAAGGUACAUACCACCAAACGUGAGGAGUGCCUCGAGACCGGUGCAGCAGCCGAUACAGUGAUCUGUGCUAUGCUACAAGAAGAUGGAGGAUUUUUCCGUUGGUACAAUGUUGAUUUGGACGGCAUAGGUGCAACCUCAGCCAAUACGAGGACCAAUGGGCUGCUGGAUCAGAUGUUCACUGAGGCUCAGUUGGACUAUGUGUCAAGCGCUGGACCUGCCGGCUAUUACGCCAUCGAGAUGUGGUGGUGCCAUUUGGGAUGGCUCUAUGCUCGUUCGACCUGUCAGAGGUCAUCAGUCUGUUCUACUGUGGAUUCUCAGUUCUCUUUGAGUAACUCCAAAGUCCAACUCAAAUUGACCAAUGGAUUGUGCUUGUUGUGUAAGGAGACAAUCUUGGGGAGCGGGACGGAGCCACAAUGCAGACCUGUAGAGAAAACUGUUGGACUGGCCUAUCACACUGGUGUCAGCCGCAGGGCCAGCACUGGUGGUGAUAAUGCGCCUGUAUGCCUCACAAUAGCCGCGGAUAACAGAAGAGGUGCCCCAUUCCACCUUGAUUUAGAACAACUGCCUCCUCCGACUGUCAGUGCAUUGUUUCCGAACCAAAAACGUAGACAAGCCAAACAAGUGAUGCACAACAAACGGAAUAAAGCCGCUGCAACCAACGAAUCUGAUGCUCAUCUUGAUCAGGACAAAGCAGACCUGUCACUCAAAAGCAUGGACCCAAUUUGUGAAAGCUCACAGGGAUUAGACAUUGAGGAAAUGCCAAAGAGGAGACACAUCAUUGAAGGUAUGCUGCUUGAAUUAUGUCAACCAUCUGAGCCUCCGAUACUCAAAAGCUCAACUGAAUCGGCCAACGAGGAGGUUUUGCCUAGAAAAAAAGCAAAGAAGGAGGUCAAUAGUGGAAACAUAUCCGCCCAGUUGCCAGAUGUCCAAUAUAUCUUGAGCAAUGACAAUUUUAGCAGUAUACUUUUAUCAUCUCCUCUGGUAUCCACAGCUUUGUGA